AUGGUUACCCUAGUCUGCGUGGUUGCCGUCAGUGGAAACUGCCAAUUUCCAGACUUUCUUCUUUUUCCUACAACAAACACCUGGUGGUCUGGACCUGCUCUUAGAUCCGCUCGUCAAGGUCGAAGUCCAUUCUUCACUCAAAUGACUGUCAGAGGUGACUUACGUAGGGUGUUUAUCACGUACCCGCUUGACCUCGCAGACCGACCUCAGCACCCUCUUCAUCAACACCCCUUUAAUGCACAGUCUCGUCACAAUUACACAUCUGUACAAGUUGAUAUGAGAUGCAAUCGCGUCGUGGAUAGCAAAACCGAGACGUUUAUUGCUGAAUUUCAGAUGCCAAAAUCGAGAUUCAUGUAUGUCUGCAUGCGCUUUCAAAUUCUUGACAAAAGCUCAUCUCCAGAAGUCUUCGAACUCUUUCAAGUGACAAAAUUCACGUGCUUCUUCCAAUGGACCGAAUUUAAAAACGUCAAUGCUAUUCUUGUAAAGGAUACAAUCAAUUCUGAAAUUGUAGUGGCCAGCCUGAUGUACAGCGACGUACCAAUGCAAGCGGAUGUGCUGAACAAUGAAUAUGGCAGUUUUACACAAGCCUUCAUAGGCCUGGGUAUUUUUCGAAUGAUGUCGCAUACGAAAAAGCACUCUUCUGCUCCGUUUCCGGCGUACAUUUAUGACCUUGGACUUUACGACGCCAGCUUUCAGCCUUUGAGUGUAAAGGCCACUAGUGCACUCCUUUAUGAGGUUCAUAUCCGGGGCGCUUUCGGAAUCUGCGAUGACGAAUUAGAACAAUGUGAAAAGGGCUGCAAUGCAGAUGCCCGAAAUCGUCUAUUCUGCCGUCGUUCUUGCCCCUCAGUGCGAAAACAAUGCACAAUGGCUCACAGUGACUCAUGCGAGAUCAAUUCCUCCUAUCGCGGAUUGUGGCGCCUCAUUGAUCCUCUGCCUAACUCAAUUGGAGCGGGUGCACAAUUGCGAAACCAGUCAAAAACACGUCUGCGAAGGCUGAUAAAUAUAUCGGACAGGAUGGUCAGCUUCGCUGACGUGCUUCGGGAUGAAACAUACUACGAAUUUUCGUGCCUUCGAGAGGCUAGCGAGAUUGUACCGGACUGGUAUGUUUUAGGCGGAAGACAGCUGCAGCCAGGAUGUCAUCCGAGAGAUAUUUGCCUCGAAGUGUACCAAAAUCGUGCAAUUUUCUCCAACGAAGCACCCAACACAAACACUCUCCAGUUCAGAAUAUGUAAGUGCAUACUUAUCGUUACACCUCAUACGCUUAUAUUCCUUCUUUUAGCUUCGACACAAAGACAAGGCGUCGACAUUUCAAGUUUGUGCAUUUUCCCAGAGAACUCACACACUACCAAACAGAGGAGACCACAAAUGCUAAUUAAGCAGCCCAUGCCCCAAAAAGCCUAUGGACUUAGGCCUGGAAGAAUGUUUAAUCCAUCCAAAUGUGAGAUUUACCAGAUUCGACUUCGCGGCUCGAUACGACUUCGGGCUCAGCUGUUUGGCACUCUCAUUGCCAUUCAAUCAGAACUGAACGAAGAUCUAUACUUUGGUCAAGAAAUUCCCAACGAAAUCGACAAACAUCGUAACACCUGGAUUCAAAUCUUCAAAAAGCAGAGGGACCUUGCGUUUUUGCCUGAAAUGGUUUCAUGCUCAAUUGAGCUGUCCGAUUUUAAUCCAAGACUUGGGACAACCGGUGAAUUCGAUGGACAUCUGCGUCUGAAAUCAGGCUGUUCUGUGGAUCCCUUCUCUCGAUUUGCAAACACCGCCCACCAGUGCAUCUCAGUUCACAAUUUGGACAAGAGUUUCAAGUACACAAAGCGCUUCCUUAUGCUUAUUACCUAUUCGGAAUUUUUCCGUAGCUUCUUUUGUUGGAUAUUUCGGGAGUCUGAAGUGGACGGUAAAACGGCGUUCAAAAUCUACCUCUUCCUUACGCCACAAUGUCAAUACGACGAGAAUGCUCUGGGCGACAUAACAAUCAACAACACAUCAGCAAUCGCAAUAAUGCACGUUGCAGCUGACAAGGCGCCGUGUUUGGAUUGCGAGCAGAAUACCCAGCCGGAAGCAAUAAGACCACCGAUGUUCCAGCAAUUUCGGCACCUCGCAAACAGCAUCACAGUAGUUCGGGGCACAACAGCAGCCGCUACGGAACGAAACGCCAAACUGUCCCAUUUGAUACUAACCCUUUUGGUACAUCUCGUUUUACAGUCAGGCCUGUGA